UCUCUUAUUCCUUCCGCUUGGGCGGCGGCUUUGUGGUAUCGGAUCGGACCUCGGCGUGCCCCUCAUGGCGGGGCAGCGGGUGGAGGUCGACGGAGGGAUCAUGGAAGGGGGUGGCCAGAUCCUGAGGGUCUCUACGGCCCUGAGCUGUCUUUUGGGCCUCUCCUUGCGAGUGCAGAAGAUCCGAGCCGGCCGCAGCACACCCGGCCUGAGGCCUCAGCAUCUUUCUGGACUGGAAAUGAUUCGAGAUUUGUGUGAUGCGCAGCUGGAGGGUGCAGAAAUUGGCUCAACAGAAAUAACCUUCACACCAGAGAAGAUCAAAGGUGGAACCCACACAGCAGAUACCAAGACAGCGGGGAGUGUAUGCCUCUUGAUGCAGGUCUCAAUGCCCUGUGUUCUCUUUGCUGCUUCUCCAUCAGAACUUCGUCUGAAAGGUGGAACUAAUGCUGAAAUGGCACCACAGAUUGAUUACACAUUGAUGGUUUUCAAGCCAAUUGUUGAAAAGUUUGGUUUCAAAUUUAACUGUGACAUUAAAAUGAGGGGCUAUUACCCAAAAGGGGGUGGUGAAGUGAUUAUUCGAAUGUCACCAGUUAAGCAGUUGAACCCAAUAAAUUUAACUGACCGUGGCUCUGUGACGAAGAUAUAUGGAAGAUCUUUUGUUGCUGGUGUUUUGCCAUUUAAAGUAGCAAAAGAUAUGGCAGCAGCAGCAGUGAGGUGCAUCAGAAAGGAAAUCAGGGAUCUGUAUGUUAAUAUCCAGCCUGUGCAAGAAUCAAAGGACCAAGCCUUUGGCAAUGGAAAUGGAAUAAUCAUUAUUGCUGAAACAUCGACUGGCUGUUUGUUUGCUGGAUCAUCGCUUGGUAAAAGAGGUGUAAAUGCUGACAAGGUUGGAAUUGAAGCUGCUGAAAUGCUAUUAGCAAAUCUUAGACAUGGCGGUGCUGUGGAUGAGUAUCUGCAAGACCAGCUGAUCAUUUUCAUGGCAUUAGCUGAUGGAGUUUCUAGAAUAAAAACAGGACCAGUUACACUCCAUACACAAACAGCUAUACAUUUUGCUGAACAACUAGCAAAGGCUAAAUUUACUGUGAAGAAGUCAGAAGAUGAAGAAGAUGCCUCUAAAGAUGCUUACAUUAUUGAGUGCCAAGGAGUUGGGAUGACCAAUCCAAAUGUAUAGGGUAUUUGCCUUUUAAAGGAUACCUAAAUAUGUAUUGCACUAAUUCAUGUCAUAAAUUCCACCAAAUGUCGAAUAAGAAGUAACUUAUU